GCGCAUUCAUUGCAGCCUCACUAUAACUCGUACGAGCCUAGUUUGUGGGGGUGAUUGGUCAAUCGGGCCGGCGAAACUCGCCUUGUAACGAGCUUUUUAAAUGCUCCGACGAUAGAUUAUACUCUUCUGAUGCGUGUAGAACGCCGGAUAUAGAACGAAGAAGCGGUUUGGGGAAAAUCCGGGGAAAAUUCGGCCGGUGACGGGAAGUUUGUCUUUCAGUGUAGAAUGAUUAAGUGGAUGAAUUUGUGAGGGAUGGUUUUGUGAAAAUAGUUUUUUCCGUGUAGGAUGGAUAAAUGGAAAAAUUAGAUGUUUCGGUGCGAAUGGAAGGAACGAACUAAUCGAGCCCGAAAAACCGGGAACUGAUCGAAGCGACAGGUUGCGCAGGAUCGCUCCUCCCCGGCCCCAUUCCAGGACAUCCCCCAGGACAUUCCCCCGUAAUGGACGCCACUUAUGUACCCAACAACCCCCAGUUCGGGCUGCAAUUGGAGUGCAACUGGACGGGCGCCGCCGGUUUGCAACAGGUGUCCAACUGCACGGACGAUCUAUCGUCCUGUUGGAACGAAGAGAUGGGCUCGUUUUCGUUACCACUGGACCUGGAACCGUUACCGAGCCUCUUCAACAUCUCGCCCUGCAGCAACCCCACCAAUGGAAAUUACAAGUUAGAACCCUCGAUGCAGAACCAACCGCUGGCGUUCCGCGAUCAAAUGAAGCAGCCCGGCGGGCCCGACGUGGCCGACGUCCUUCUAUCAUUGAAGCACGCCGUCGUCCAUCCGGGCGUCGGCCAUCAGAACGCCGUCGACAAGUUCGAAGCCGGCCACCACCAGCACGUCUACCAUCCGCAGGUGUUGCUCUCGCCCAACGGCUACCCGAGCGCCAUCUGCGGCGACCAGCCGUUCGUCCAGCAGCCGCCCGUCUUCCCCAGCAUGUCGGUCAACGUCUCCAUGAACAUGACCAUGCACGGCUACCAUCCCAACAACGCCUGCGGCUAUCCCUCCGCCGAGAUAUCCUGCCCCCAGUUGCAAUGGAGUUCGACGCCGCAGGGCCCGUCGCAGAGCUACCAGAGCCAAGGGUUGCUGAGCCCCUCGUACGGGGGCGCCACCUACUCCUUCACGGCUGAUUUCCGGCCGCAGGAGGCGCAGGCGGCGGCGUUUCCGUCGCCGCGACGCCGCCCCACGCCGCCCGACGAGGACCUGCACCAGAAGCCGAACGUCUGCAGGAUAUGCGGAAAGAGCUACGCGCGGCCGAGCACGCUCAAGACCCACCUGCGCACCCACAGCGGCGAGAAACCCUACAGGUGCGUCAAUUGCAACAAGAGCUUCUCGCAGGCGGCCAAUCUGACGGCGCACGUGCGCACCCACAGCGGCGAGAAGCCCUUCAGGUGUCCCGUCUGCGAUAGGAGGUUCUCGCAGAGCUCGUCGGUCACCACGCACAUGCGCACCCACUCCGGCGAACGGCCUUACAGGUGCAGGCUGUGCAAGAAGGCCUUCUCCGACAGCAGCACGCUGACCAAACACCUGAGGAUCCACAGCGGGGAAAAACCGUACGAGUGCAAGCUGUGCCUGCUGCGAUUCAGCCAGAGCGGCAACCUGAACAGGCACAUGCGCGUGCACGGAAGCACGGGGAUUCCCCCGUGA